AUGAAUUCUCUUAACUUCACCGCCACCAUGGAAGAAUCAUUUGAAUAUCUCCAUAAAAAAUUCGAUCAAAGCAGCAAACGUUUGAGAUCAGAUUCUCUAAGUUCUUCAACAGGGGACUAUGAAUGCAUUCAAGUGGAGAUAGAGAGAAUAAGUGAGAUCGCUAAAGCAACAUCGCCAUCAUCAUCAUCGAACUCCCAGGAAACCAAUAACAAAAGAUCAUAUUCUCCUGAUACCAGCGAAAGCAACUACUCCGAAGCCAAAAGACCCCGAUCCUCAUCAUUUGGCAGUUAUACACAAGCCUUUUCUCGUCUAAACACCCAACGCCAAACCUCAACACCUUUCACCUCCUCAGCAGUGGCUGUUCCCCCCGCUGCUGCCAUUUUACCCAAGAUCAGCGAUGAAACUUUACGCAGCAUUUGCAAAUAUCAUGGCAACAUGGUAAGAAAAUACCCUAAAGUACAACGAUCAGCCAAGGACCAAGAAAGACGUGAUAAAAACACUCUGGCCUGUCGCAUGAGCCGACGUGUCAAGAAAUUGGAACAUAUCGCCAUUGAAGAGCAGUACAAAGAAUUCUCACAACAAACUUUCGACAUCGUUGAGCAGUCAAUGAGAUCAACUGCCUAUUUGCAUGAGUUAAUGCAACUAUUGUCAUGCCAGCAGUUGGGAGAAAUGGCAACACAACAACCAAACAACUCAAUCCUGUUAACAGAGAGUCCCUCUAUAUCGUCGGCUCAGCAAAAGAAACCUUUCACAAUAGCCUUUUUAGCGGGCAGAGAGGAAUAG